CUUGAACAUUGCAAUUAUCAAAGGAAAUGGAUUCCCCCAAAAGCCCAGAGUUAGACAUCGAAAGACUAACAAUACCAGAUUUCUCAGAGAUAGAAUCUGAAAAAUUCAAGAAAGAAGCAAUUGUGCCUUAUUUCAAGGACAUUUAUAGAGAUCUGGCCUCCAGAUCUGAUAAUAAAAGUGCAGGGAUUAACAAAGUCACAAUUAUUGAUUACUGACACUUUCCAGGAAUAUUGGCUGAAAGAUUUUUCUCCCUCCUUGAUGAUAACAAGGAUGAAUAUAUUGACAUGAAAGAGUUUAUUUACAUUUUGUUCAGGAUCUAUUACUCCCAGUUUGAUGAGCAGGUCAAGCUGGUCUUUGAAAUAUACGAUUUUGACUGUGACGGCUAUAUUACAAAAGAAGAUGUUCGGAUCAUUCUCUCCUAUAUCCCCAUUCUAAAGGACGAUCAGGAAGAAGUGAAGGAGAAAGAAGGGACAUUCUCUCAAUCUGAGGAGAACUGUGAAGGGUUUGAAGCCAGAAUUAAAAUACAAGAGGAAAUCUCUGAGUUACUCGGUUUGGUCUUCGCAGAAAAGGAAAAACUCGACCUCCAGGAGUUUCAGGAGAUUAAUGAGACUAUUAGCUCUGAUAUGCUUGUGACCGUCCUAUCCUUGAUCAAAGAUAAACUUCCUUGUAGUGAAAAAUUCUAUAAAAUUCAGCAAGAAUUUUUAGCAAACAAAGAGAAGGAAGAGGCCAAGAAGUUGAAAUCAAAGGUUCUCUUUGUAGAGACCAAAAGGGAAAAGUCUAUCCCUACACCUAAUGUGCUCAAAUCUUUGUCUCCUCUAGCUAGGAACAAUAUCUGAGGCGUCUCUUCCCCGGUUAGCCACUUGAAGAAAAUUAUGAACCAAGAUACAUUUGGAGAAGCUACUGCUGGAAUUAAAGAAGAAGAUAUUGACCUGAAAAAUUUUGAGUCGCGUAAAAACAAAGGGGAUGAAGUAUCCUCCAGCACCACUAACGAUGAGUCAGAGUCCCCUACAACCAAGCAAGAUUUAGUGAGACUUGCUAACAAAAAUACCGAACCAAAAAGCCUCUUGAGCAAGGAUAGGAAAAAUGUAUUUGCAUCCCCUACUUCUUUUUUAAAAGGCACGAGGAGCAUCAAGGAAGAAACUGAAAUCAGCCCUAUAGUUAAGGAUAAAAUUGAACAUGAAGGAGAAAUGAUGAGACAAGCCAAAGAGGAUAAAUUUAAGAAGUACUACUACCGCCUCUUUGACAAAGAACUCUAUGUGUACAAAACUAAGAAAGAUAAGGUCCAUAAAACCAUGAUAAACCUUAUCGGAGUGUUUCUCCGCACAGACAAGGAGGAGCCACUUGAUAAGAAGAAUGUACUGUACCCCUUCACGCUUAUCUUCCCUAACAAAGAGAGAACUUUUUACCUUUUAUCGAGCAAAGAAAGAUCUGAAUGGAUUGAUAAAAUUAAAAAGGCCAUUGGAUAUGCCCACUUGCAUGAUUAUUACGAGCUCAAAAAGUCUAUUGGCAAGGGAAAAUUUGGUACUAUAAAGCUAGGAAUUCAUAAGAAAACAGGCAAAAAGAAAAAUAUGUCCAUGCAAGAUAUUGUCCUGCAGAAAAGAGAAAUAGAAAUUUUGAAAAUCUGACAGCAUCCAAGUAUUAUCAGACUUCUUGACAUAUUUGAGAAUCAUGACUAUAUCUACAUUGUUAUGGAGUACUGAAAGGGAGGAGACCUCUUCACAUUUUUGGAGAAGAGAGAUUUCAUGAUCCCAGAAACGAAAGCCAAGCAACUGGCCCAUUCAAUUGCUACUGGAAUUUUUUACCUUCAUAGUUUCGGAAUUGCUCAUCGUGACUUAAAACCUGAAAACAUUUUAAUGACAGAUAAUACUGAUUCAGCCACUCCGAAGUUAGUAGACUUUGGUUUAUCUAAGAUCAUUGGGCCUAGUGAAACUUGUACUGAACCCUUCGGAACACUUUCAUAUGUAGCGCCUGAAGUUUUGCUGCAAAAACCGUAUGAUAAAAGUGUCGAUCUGUGGAGUUUGGGUGUUAUUAUAUACUUACUAAUAUCUGGAACCCUUCCUUUCGACGAUGAUGAUGAUAGAGAAAUCGCAAGACAGACAAUUCAUGAUGAACCCGAUUUCUCAUAUAAAAUUUGGAAGAAAAUGGACAAAGGAACUCGGAAGCUUGUAGCAAGCCUUCUUGAGAAAGAUAAGAGUAAUAGAAUGGAUUUAUCAGACGUUUUACAGCAUCCUUGGAUCGUCAACAAAAGUGACAAAAUUGCUCUCAAUAGACGAAACAGUGGCGACUCCUCUGCUGCUAAAUUCAAAGCAUUUGCGAUGACAGAGGAAUUCGACGGGUCAGAUGAAAGUUAA